GCAGCGCGGCCGCCGGAAGUGUCGCGCGGCGUUGUGCGACCGGCUGUGUGCUGAGUGGGGCCUGGACCCGGAGCGUUACCGCUAUGUCGAUCGAAAUCGAGUCUUCCGAUGUGAUCCGACUAAUCAUGCAGUACUUGAAGGAGAACAGUUUACAUCGGGCACUGGCCACCUUACAGGAGGAAACUACUGUCUCUCUGAAUACUGUGGACAGCAUUGAAAGUUUCGUGGCUGAUAUUAAUAGUGGCCAUUGGGAUACUGUUUUACAGGCUAUACAGUCUCUGAAAUUGCCAGACAAAACCCUUAUUGAUCUCUAUGAACAGGUUGUUUUGGAAUUGAUAGAGCUUCGUGAAUUGGGUGCUGCCAGGUCACUUCUGAGACAGACUGACCCCAUGAUUAUGUUAAAGCAAACACAACCAGAGCGCUAUAUUCAUCUGGAAAACCUCUUAGCUAGAUCUUACUUUGAUCCUCGUGAGGCAUAUCCAGAUGGAAGUAGCAAAGAGAAAAGGAGAGCAGCGAUUGCCCAGGCUUUAGCUGGGGAAGUCAGCGUGGUGCCACCUUCUCGUCUCAUGGCAUUGCUGGGACAGGCAUUGAAGUGGCAGCAGCACCAGGGAUUGCUUCCUCCUGGUAUGACCAUCGAUUUGUUUCGAGGCAAGGCAGCUGUCAAAGAUGUGGAAGAAGAGAAGUUUCCAACACAGUUGAGCAGGCAUAUUAAGUUUGGACAGAAGUCCCACGUGGAGUGUGCUCGGUUCUCUCCAGAUGGUCAGUAUCUGGUCACUGGCUCUGUUGAUGGAUUUAUUGAGGUGUGGAACUUCACUACAGGGAAAAUCAGGAAGGAUCUGAAGUACCAGGCCCAGGAUAACUUCAUGAUGAUGGAUGAUGCUGUUCUCUGCAUGUGUUUCAGCAGAGAUACUGAAAUGUUAGCAACUGGGGCCCAAGAUGGAAAGAUCAAGGUUUGGAAGAUUCAGAGUGGACAGUGUUUGAGAAGAUUUGAAAGGGCACAUAGUAAAGGUGUCACCUGUCUAAGCUUUUCCAAGGACAGCAGUCAGAUCCUCAGUGCUUCUUUUGACCAGACAAUACGAAUUCAUGGUUUAAAAUCUGGAAAAACCCUGAAGGAAUUUCGAGGCCAUUCCUCCUUUGUUAAUGAAGCAACGUUUACACAGGAUGGACAUUACAUUAUCAGUGCGUCCUCUGAUGGCACUGUGAAGAUCUGGAAUAUGAAGACCACAGAAUGCUCAAAUACCUUUAAGUCCCUGGGCAGUACUGCAGGGACAGAUAUUACAGUCAACAGUGUGAUUCUGCUUCCUAAAAACCCAGAGCACUUCGUUGUGUGUAACCGAUCGAACACAGUGGUCAUCAUGAACAUGCAGGGCCAGAUCGUCAGAAGCUUCAGUUCUGGUAAAAGAGAGGGUGGUGACUUUGUUUGCUGUGCCUUGUCCCCUCGUGGCGAGUGGAUCUACUGUGUUGGGGAGGACUUUGUGCUCUACUGCUUCAGCACAGUCACUGGCAAGCUGGAGAGAACGCUGACGGUUCAUGAGAAGGAUGUGAUUGGAAUCGCACACCACCCGCACCAGAAUUUGAUUGCCACCUACAGUGAAGAUGGCCUCCUGAAGCUCUGGAAACCCUAAGUCAGCCUUUACGGUGCAGCCCAGGAGCAUGUACUUAAGUGCAGGGCAUGGCCAUGUAUUCCGACUACUUUUCCAUGUCUGCGUCCUAGCAUAAAACUUGUAAAUAAGUCAGUGUGAUGUAUUGAGGAGCUUCGGAUUGAUUCUUUUAAAAAGAUUUUAAUAAACUUAAACCUUUCUUUACCAUAAGUGCUCAUAAGGGGGAGGGAGAGUCGCUAUCCUUGAUCCUCCAGUCUGGUAGUGAGUGUAAAACAGACUAAUAUGAAACAGGCUUGGUGACACACACAGAUUCUAAUUAGUAUUUCAGAAAAAGUUUUUCUUCUAGAAAUAUCAGUAUUUCAAAUCUUUGGUAGAUUAGUGAAAACAUUAGUGACUACCCCAGUUAAAAACAGAUAAACUAAUGAUGCCUUUAAGAUGCUUUAAAUGGUAACUUCCUUAAACAGGAAUUUUCAUAAAAUUAUUGUGGCUCAGUCAGACAAUAUAUUUGCUUAGGAAGGCAGACAUGAAAAAGUUUUUGCUCUCUUGUCAGCCUCCUCAUUCUGCUCUUUAUGUUCAGCCCUGCUCUUGUAUUCCAGUUUGAACAAGUUAGAGGGUUUAUGGGAUUUGAUGCUUGGGUGCCUUUCUUUCCUAUGUAGAGGAGGAUUUAAUACUGAAAAUGUACUGUUGUAAAGAAAAACUAGAAAAGCACUCCAGUCUCUUAUGUAUAUAUUUUUUAGUGAACUAAAGAAAAACUGUUCUGUCAACAAAAUCCUUGAAAAUAGGUUCCAUGUUGAUGUCCUUUACAUUUAAACCAAGGCUACAGAGAGAGCAUUUAUAAUGAGCAUACUAUGCUAGGCUGUAUCAAGAAAGGCUGUCUUCUCCUAGGCUUAAAAAUUUUAAGGAUUAUUUAUGCAUGUGAGUGCACUGUUGCUGUCUUUAGACACACCAGAAGAGGACAUUGGAUCCAUUACAGAUGGUUGUGGUUGCUGGGAUUUGAACUUAGGACCUUUGGAAGAGCAAUCACUGCUCUUAAUCACUGAGCCAUCUUUCCAGCCUUCUCCUAGGCUUUUUAUUGAGAAAGUCAUUACCAAAUUUCACAUUUGGGGCUGGGGCUGUAGCUCUCUCGAUUGCAUGCAUGUUUUGGUUUGAUUGGCAGUUGGGGGGGGGGGCGGAAACAGGAAGACCAAAAUUUCAAGGUAGCUCUAUAGUAAGUUCAAGGCCAGCCUGGUCUACAAAUAAGGACAGCCAGGCUGUUAACACAGAGAAACUGGUCUUAAAAAUCCAAAAGAAAAAAAAAGUUUUAAGAUCAAUCUGGUCUGUACAGGGAGCCCUUGUCCUUGUCUGCCCCCAAGAGUCAGAGCUUGGCAAAUUAGACAUACGCCUUUAAUUGCAGCACUUGCAAAGUUGAGGCACAAUCAGUUUUAAGACCAGCUAGGGCUGCAUUGUAAGAUCUUGUCUCAAAACAAAACAGGAACUAUACAAUGUGGUAUUCCAGUAAGCUAAGUAUGGGACAAACUAGUAGUGUUUUUAGUUGCUGGUAUAGCUAUGUACCACUAUACUUGGGAAAGUCUUAGAAGACCACCUUGUUCAUUCUUCAGCAAUAUUUGGAAGGAACCUCUAAAAGACUGACCUUUCUUAAGCCCCACAUAGCUUCAGCUGAGGGACCCUCCUA